UCAGCCAACACUCCUCACCUACGCACAGUCGCACAGACACCGCGCGAGAGCAGCUUCACCACUUCCCUCCCAUCCGAGCCCAAGGAGCAACCAUGGCGGCGUCGAAGGCCACCCUCGUCUGCUUCAUGGCUGUGGCUCUCGCGGCGGCGCUGCUGGCGGUGCCGGGCGCGGUGGAGGCGGCGACGUGCAGCCCGACGCAGCUGACCCCGUGCGCGCCGGCCAUCAUCGGGAACGCGGCGCCGAGCGCUGCGUGCUGCGGGAAGCUCAAGGCGCACCCGGCGAGCUGCCUGUGCAAGUACAAGAAGGACCCCCACCUGCAGCGCUACGUCAACUCCCCCAACGGCAAGAAGGUCUUCGCCGCGUGCAAGCUGCGCCUGCCAAGGUGCUGAAGUAGCUAGUGCCACGAGCUUCGUCCAUGUCCCUCGCACGUUGCACGUACGCUACGUACGUUGGAGUACCGAGAGUGUGUGAGGUACUCCCUCCAUCUUAAAAUAAGUGUCUUGACUUUAUAUUAACUUUAGUAUAAAGUUAUAUUAAGAUUAAAACAUUUAUAGAGUAAGUGUAAA